AUGGGAAACGGCACGGGGGUGACAAAGUUCAUGCUCUUGGGGCUCACAGAUGACCCCCACCUGCAGGCUCUGCUCUUUCUUGUCCUCUUUCUCACCUACGCAGUAGGCAUCAUCGGGAACCUGACCAUUGUCACUCUAACCCUGCUGGACUCCCACCUCCGCACCCCCAUGUACUUCUUCCUGCGCACUUUAUCCUUGCUGGAGAUUGCCUUCACGUCUGCCUGCAUUCCCAGUUUCCUUGUCACCAUCGUCACCGGAGACAGAACUAUUUCCUUUUCCAACUGCUUCACUCAAAUGUUCUUCUUCCUCUUCCUGGGGGCGACCGAAUUCUUCCUCCUGGCCACCAUGUCCUACGACCGCUAUGUUGCCAUCUGCCGGCCCCUGCACUACACGACCGUCAUGAGCAGGGGAGUAUGCUCCCUGCUGGUCCUCUGUUCUUUUCUCUCCAGUUAUCUGAUCGUGUUCCCACCAGUUGUGAUGAUUGCGCGGCUAGACUUCUGCGACUCCAACAUCCUCAACCACUUCAUCUGCGAUUCUUCCGCAAUUAUGGGGCUCUCAUGCACAGAUACCAGCUUCCUGGAGCUGAUGGCAUUCCUCUUAUCCUUGGGCACGCUCUUCGUUACCUUGGUGCUAAUGACAGCUUCCUACACAGCUAUCGUUAGGGCCAUCCUGAGGCUGCCCUCAGCCCAGCAGAGGAGAAAGGCCUUUUCCACCUGCUCCUCCCACAUGGUUGUGGUCUCCAUCACAUAUGGCAGUUGCAUCUUCGUGUACAUCAAACAGUCCGCCAAGGACAGGAUGGAACUGACCAAAGGGGUAGCGGUGAUCAACACUUCUGUGGUCCCCAUCCUAAAUCCCUUCAUCUACACCUUGCGGAACGAGCAGGUCAAGCAGGCCUUCAGGGCCAUGGUGCACCAGAUUGUGUUUUCCACCACGAAGAGAGGGCUCAUCUGUGAUAAAAUGCUACAGGAAAAUCUGCAGGAGUCUCAAAAGGUCGACCACAGAGACUCGGUGCCUGUACAUUAA